AUGGAUGACCAUCAAACUUAUUCUUUUUCUGACACAACAGAAAUGUGCAAAAUCCUGGAAGAAGGCACCAGAUCUGGAGAGCCUUCUGAAAUUCUGAUAAAUUAUAAAUGUUCAUUUUGCAACAAAAUUCUUUCUUCAAAGCAAAACUUGAGAGAGCAUGUCUACAUCCAUACUGGAGAGAAGCCUUAUAUUUGCAGGGAAAAAGGAUGCGGCCUUGCAUUCCGACAAGGAAGUCAGCUUUCUGCCCAUAAAAGAAUUCAUUCAGCGAUAAAGACUUACUGUAAUAAAAGAAAAGAAAAAAAUUAUUUGAAAGUAAUAGCCACUUAG